CUCUCCAUUGUAAUUAAAUUCCGGAGGAGAAUAAAAUCCCAUCUUCUUCUUCUUCUUCUCUUUUUUGUUUGGAGUGAAAAUUCGAUCUGAUGAUCUCCAAAUGGACCGACAUAACCCUUACCAACAUCAUCACCACCAGCUUCAUCACCAGCAGCAGCUGCAGCAUCUUCCGGCGGUGGAUCUCUCCGGCGGCGGCGGAGAGAGGAUACCGCAGUGGAGCGUUCAGGAGACGGAGGAGCUGUUGAGGAUAAGGGAAGAGCUUGAUCAGACAUUCAUGGAGACCAAACGUAACAAGCUUUUGUGGGAAGUCGUCGCCUCCAAGAUGAGCGACAAGGGUUUUGUCCGUACCGCCGACCAGUGCAAGAGCAAGUGGAAGAACCUCGUCACCAGAUUCAAGGGAUGUGAAACAACGGAGCCAGAGGCCAUGAGGAAGCAAUUCCCCUUCUACAACGAAAUCCAAACCAUAUUCUCCGCAAGAAUGCAAAGAAUGCUAUGGUCAGAUACUGCAGAAGCAAGCACUUCAAAGAGAAAGCCGCAGAUCUCAUCAGAUGACGACGAAGAAGACGAAGACGAAGACGACCCGGAACACGAAAUCAACGACGAGCUGCUAUCCCUCGUAGAAACGCACCAAAAGGGCACAACCGUAAUGACUUCCAACCCUAGAAAACGAGCCAAGAAGGCAAAGGGAGAAACCCCAACGACGACGACGUCAGGAUCAUCGGUGAAAGAAGUGUUGGAAGAGUUCAUGAGACAGAUGGUGAAGACGGAGAAGGAGUGGAGGGAAGCUUGCGAGAGGAGAGAGAGGGAGAGGGAGAGGAGAGAGAGAGAGUGGAGGCGGAGGAUGGCGGAGUUGGAGGAGGAGAGAGUGGCGGCGGAGAGACGGUGGAUGGAGAAGGAAGAAGAGAGAAGAGUGAGAGAAGAGGUUAGGGCUCAGAAGAGAGACCUUCUUAUUGAUGCUUUGCUCACGAGGCUUAAUACAGAUCACCAUCGUCCUUCUAAUUAACCAAUCACAUCUUCUUUUCUAAUUUAAUUAGAUUUCAUAUUUAUGUUUUUCUUUUCAAGAGAAUCAAACAACUAUAUAACCAUACAUUUUAGA